GGGGCGAAGCGGGGCCGGAGCCGGAGGGGACGGGGACAGGGACAGGGACGGGGACAGGGACGGGGACAGGGACGGACCGGCCCCUCUCGGCUCCGUCCGUCCCCGUUCGUCCCCGCUCGGCUCCGCUGGGCCCCGCUCCGCCAUGGCGAGGCGCGCGGCGGCCCCCGCCAGGCCCCUGGGGGAUGAUUUCUCCUUCGUGAGCCCGGUGGUGAAGUACGUGCUCUUCUUCUUCAACCUGCUCUUCUGGAUGAUCUCCAUGGUGAUGGUGGCCGUGGGGGUCUACGCCCGGCUGCUGAAACACGCAGAAGCAGCCAUGGCCUGCCUGGCGGUGGACCCCGCCAUCCUCCUCCUCGUGGUCGGCGUCCUCACCUUCCUCAUCACCUUCUGCGGCUGUGUCGGCUCCUUGCGGGAGAACAUCUGCCUGCUGCAGACCUUCUCCGCCUGCCUGACCGCGGUGUUCCUCCUGCAGCUGGCGGCCGGCGUGCUGGGCUUCGUCUUCUCCGACAGGGCGCGGGGGAAGGUCAGCGAGAUCAUCAACGGGGCCAUCGUGCACUACCGGGACGAUCUGGACCUGCAGAACCUCAUCGACUUCGGGCAGAAGGAGUUCAGCUGCUGCGGGGGCGUGUCCUACAAGGACUGGUCCCAGAACAUGUACUUCAACUGCACCGCCACCAACCCCAGCCGCGAGCGCUGCUCCGUCCCCUUCUCCUGCUGCCUGCACGACGCCAACCAGACCGUCGUCAACACCAUGUGUGGCCACGGGAUGCAGGACAAGGGCUACCUGGAGGCCAGUGCCUUUAUCUACACCAACGGCUGCAUUGACAAGCUGGUCAACUGGAUCCACAGCAACCUGUUCCUGCUGGGGGGCAUCACCCUGGGGCUGGCCCUCCCCCAGCUGGUGGGCAUUGUCCUGGCUCAGCUCCUCAUCAACCAGAUCCGAGACCAGAUCAAGCUGCAGCUCUACAACCAGCAGCACCGGGCAGACCCCUGGUACUGAGCCGGCGUCCGUCCGUCCGUCCCACGGCACAGCGGCGGCUCCCAGCACCUCAACAGCCCUUUUCCCAGCUCUGGAUCCACGGGAAGAGCUGAGGGGGCUUUGCUGGAGAAGAGGGAGGUAGGAGCAGGCUGUGGAUCCGUGGUGGCCGCUGUGCUGCAGAGAGGGACACGCAGGGACACUGGAGACUCGGUGCCUUUGGUGCCGGGCUCGGCCGGGACGUGCCGAGCUGCUGUGCCCUGUUUUGGGGCCUGACCCAGCCCCAGAACCGCUGUCUGUCUGUCUGUCUGUCUGUCCUGCUGGAGCACAGGCCACGCACAAAGCUUUGCACUGGGAUGUGCCUCCCAUCUCCGUGUGUGCUGGAGAUGGGCAUUUGUCUGUCUGUCUGUCUGUCUGUCCGUGCACCGAGCUGCCUUUGCCCAGGGUGGGCUCCAGAACUGGGCAUGUUCCCAUCACCAGGAGCCACCAAGCCUGUUGGCUCUGUCUCAGUGUCACGGACAGGGCUGGGAGCAGGAGCCCUCGGCACUGGGGGGCUGAUCCAUGGGGGCUUCCUCAGCUGAGGGUGGGGGUCCCGUCUGUGCCCGGGGUGCUGAGCCACUCCAUAGGGAGCUGAGCCCCUCCACAGGGAGCUGAGCCCCUCCACAGGGUGCUGGGCCCCUCCAGAGGGAGCUCAGCCCCUCCAUAGGGUGCUGGGCCCCUCCACAGGGUGCUGGGCCCCUCCACAGGGUGCUGAGCCCCUCCAUAGGGAGCUGAGCCUCUCCACAGGGUGCUGGGCCCCUCCACAGGGAGCUGGGCCCCUCCACAGGGUGCUGGGCCCCUCCACAGGGAGCUGAGCCCCUCCACAGGGUGCUGGGCCCCGCAUGGAGUCAGUGCCAGGCUGCGAAGUUCCUUCAGCUUUCACGGAGAAUAAAGA